AUGACUCGCAAGAGCACAAUUAACCGCGUAGUGUUUCUUAUGCUUCCUUGGUGUGGCAUCGGUUCAGGCAGAAUAAUUAUUUUAAUCAGCAGAUUAUUUUGGAUUAUUACAAUAGGAUUUAUUGGACUGUGUCAUUGUCUCUAUUUUUCGACGCAUUUAAAUGUGCAGAAUUUUUUUAACUUGGUAGAUUGCUUAUGCAGCUUCUUAGCACACGCGAAAGUAAUCACUAAACUCAUUGCGUUUUGGGUGAAUCAACAAAAAUUCGUGGAGACUUUGACGUUAAUCACGGACGACUGGAGUGAUUGCGCUAAAAAUGAUGUCGGCAUGCGCGUGAUGACAGACAAGGCAAAAAUAUCGGAUCGUAUCACUAAUAUGAUAUUCAUCCUUCACACGAUGACGAUUACUGCGUAUUGCAUAGGACCUAUCAUCGCUGAUGUCGAUAUUACAGAUAAAAUCGAGUUGCCACUUAUCAACAAAGUAAAGCUUCCCUUCAGCGUUAAUACGCAGCAAAUGUAUAGAGUAGUGUUAAUCAUAGAAUUUAUCCACAUGAUUCUUACAAAUUGGGCAUCUGGUGUUAUAAAUAUCAUAUUUUUAGCUAUGAUUAUACAUGUAGGUGGACAAAUGGAUGUUCUGCAACGUUGGUUGGCAGAAUUUAUUCCUAAAGAAAUCGAAAAUGAGCAAAAAUCAGUCGUUAUCACGACAAACGAGAUUAUUCUGAAGCAUCAAAAAAUUAUUCAAUUUUCAGAAAAUAUUGAGAGCUUGUACACGUACAUUGCGUUAUUGUUAUUCGCAUCAAACACAAUAUUAAUGUGCUCGCUGGGUUUUCUUAUCGUAACCGCUCUUGGUACUGACGAUGUCGUGGAGCAGAUGAUGAAAUGUCUUUUAUUUUUCAUGUCAACAAAUCUGGAGGCAUUCAUAUUUUGUUACGCCGGAGAAUAUUUAAAUAGUAAGAGCAAAGAGAUCGGAUUUGCAACGUACAAUUGUGCAUGGUACAAUUUGAAAUCUAAAGAUAGUCGCAUUUUGUUACUUAUAAUAUUAAGAUCACAGAAACAAUUGACGCUAACAGCUGGCAAGAUAAUGGAUCUCACCUUAGAAUCCUUUACAAGUAUUAUGAAUGCUUCGGGGUCCUACCUAUCAGUGUUGUUGGCGAUGCAAUAA